AUGUUUAUAAGGCGCAUAUGUAUGAUUAGAUUAGAGGUAAGCAAGGCAGAGGUGUUAAACAGCAGGGAGGUAAGCAAGGGAGAGGCAUUAAACAGCAGGGAGGUAAGCAAGGCAGAGGCGUUAAGCAGCAGGGAGGUAAGCAAGGCAGAGGCGUUAAACAGCAGGGAGGCAAGCAAGGCGGAGGCGUUAAACAGCAGGGAGGCAAGCAAGGCAGAGGCGUUAAACACCAGGGAGGUAAGCAAGGCAGAGGCGUUAAACAGCAGGGAGGUAGGCAAGGCAGAGGCGUUAAACAGCAGGGAGGUAAGCAAGGCAGAGGCGUUAAACAGCAGGGAGGUAAGCAAGGCAGAGGCGUUAAACAGCAGGGAGGUAAGCAAGGUAGAGGCGUUAAACAGCAGGAAGGUAAGCAAGGCAGAGGCGUUAAACAGCAGGGAGGUAAGCAAGGUAGAGGCGUUAAACAGCAGGAAGGUAAGCAGGGCAGAGGCAUUCACAACAAGGAAUCUGUGA